CACUGAAGGGGAAAGGGCGUGAAAAACAUGCAUUGGCUUGUCAUGGCGGCUACUUUCGCUUCUCGCCGGUUAUAUCUAGUGAACUUUGACCUGUGAAUCCACGAAUCUCGGUGUCCAGUAGAAACCAGGAAGGCGGAACUAUGGUCGCUUUGAUUGGUAAAAAGAUGGAGGAGCCGCUAAUUACUUUUUCUUUUCUGUUUUCUUACUGCUGUUUGUAGCCAAACAAAAUUUCACAAAUGCUUCCCAGUACACAACCUGUUUGUCUAGCUUUAUUCCACCAAACCAUCUAUAUUAAACUAAGUCAUAUUAAUGUUUUGCUAAUUUAAAGUUGAUAUUUUCAGCUCCCUCUUGCUCACUCGUGCAUUGUUCCGAAAAGUUUAACUUUCGAAAGUUGCUACCAUUAAUCUACAAUAUAAUAAGACGAUGAUACUGUCUUAUUUUUGAUAACUUUAAACAAAAGUAGUAAAGAGUCAGAAUUAAACAGACAUGUUCCUGGUAAUUGUGAAGUGAUUGACGUGGGACAAAAAUAUUUUAAAAAAAUUACAUUAUGAGCAACCUUUUCCCCUCAAACUGUGAUUAUUUAGAGAGGCACAAUAUCAGAGUAUUUUGAUGUUUAAUUAAACAUGACUGAAAGCAUUGUUUUGUAUUUUUUUCCCCCAAAUAUCUUAGUAAAAUAACUUGUAUAAUACUGUUAAACCAGUGCAGAGCUCAUGGACUUAUCCACCACUGAGUAAAAUUGUUUGUUGCCGUGAUAUAAUGUUUUGGUCUGCACAGAAACAAGCAGAUGAGUUGCCGUCUAUGGUUUUGGACUGUUGGUUUGUUGCCUUGUUGCAGGAUGUACUCACAUUUUAAAGUUCUCUUCUUUUUAUUUGUAGACAAAUUGUCAAAGGUGCAUUUUUCUUUUUUUUUCCACUGGGGUGCAAACGUCGUCUCUCAGAUGUACCUCCUGUGAUUUAAUUUAAUAAAUAAAAAUUGAUCCUAAAACCACAGUGAUCUCAAAUCCCGAGUCUGUCUUCAUAGCCACGGCUAAACAGGAAGUGAGACCCUUCACUCAUUGGGCCUGGCUGAUGGUGUAGGAUGAUGAUGUCACCGUGAGAUUCAGUUAAAGAGCUUCCCCAGCUGUUCAGAGUCCAGAUGACUCACAUUGACUCGUGUUUAGUUUCCUCCUCUCACAAGCAGACAGGAAGAGAGGGACAGACUUUGCGUAACUCACUUUUCUCCACAUGUCAAAAGAUCGCCGGUAAAACAGCAUCAGUUCAGGAGCUUAACACCACAGGAGGCGGCCCUAGUGCUCAGGCGGCCAAUCGCAGCCACACAGCGCAACCGGUGACCGACUCAGAGGGCUGUGCUUGGAGCUCGAGAAAAGCACCGGCAGAAGCAAAGAGAGCAGAAGGACCAAGGAAGCAUCGUGUGGUGCGCAUCUCUCUACCGUGAUCAUGUGUCAGCCGAGCCUGAAGCAGCAGCGGCGGAGCGCAGUAGGGAAAUGGUGAGAUGUUGCAGGGCAUUGAACAGGCCGUCCUCUUGCUACAAUCUCCACAGAGUCAGGGUUGAUGCCCGGCGCCUCCGACCGCUCGGCUCCUCCUCCUUAGCAGGAGCGGCAGGGGGGUCCGCGGGCGGCAAUAGAAACGCUGAUGCCAAAGGCCCCGGUGCUCCGGGGGUUGUUCAGAUCAGCCAUCAGAGCCGUUUCAGGUUGCAGUUCCCGCAGUUGGCUUUGCGGCGGCGCCUUGGACAGCUGAACUGUAUGUCCCGGCCCACUGCCCGACUGCGCUCAUGGCCACUCUCCUUCCUCCACUACAUACUGCCAUUCGCUGUACUCAAGCCCCUCGCCAAGGUGGGCUGGCGGCCCACCAGCAGAGUUACCAUAUACAAGACCAUACCCACACGGCUACUCUCCAGGGCCUGGGGCCGUCUUAACCAGGUCGACCUGCCCGUCUGGUUACGGAAGCCCAUUUAUCGCCUGUACAUAUGGACUUUUGGGGUGAACAUGAAGGAGGCGGCUGUAGAGGACCUGCAGCAUUACAAGAACCUGGGCGAGUUCUUCAGACGCAAGCUCAAACCACAGGCCCGGCCUGUGUGCGACUCGCACUGCGUGAUCAGUCCAGCUGAUGGGAAGAUCCUUCACUUUGGCCGGGUAAAGAACUGCGAGGUGGAGCAGGUGAAGGGGGUCACCUACUCUCUGGAGACCUUUCUUGGUCCUUGCACAUGGAUUGAGAGCUUAGCCAUAAACAGAAAUGAGGAUGACAACGGUAACUUCCAGAACCUGCUGGUGACGAAGGAGGGGAAUGAGCUGUACCACUGCGUGGUGUAUCUGGCACCAGGAGAUUAUCACUGCUUCCACUCACCCACUGAUUGGAGAGUUGCACACAGACGCCACUUUCCUGGCUCUCUGAUGUCGGUGAACCCGGGUGUAGCGCGAUGGAUUAAAGAGCUCUUCUGUCAUAAUGAACGCGUGGUGUUGAGUGGAGAGUGGAGACACGGCUUCUUUUCACUAACUGCUGUCGGAGCUACCAAUGUCGGAUCCAUCCGGAUCUACUUUGACAAGGAGCUCCGUACAAACAGCCCUCGUUACAAUAAAGGCUCAUACAAUGACUUUAGCUACGUGUCCAACAACAACCAGGAGGGUGUGAUUCUGCGUAAAGGUGAGCACUUGGGCGAGUUCAACCUAGGAUCCACCAUCGUUCUGCUGUUUGAAGCUCCACAAGACUUCACCUUUAACCUCACAGCAGGCCAAAAGAUCCGUUUCGGAGAACCUCUCGGGAUGAUGGAGACAUGAGGGCGGAUCUCGUGCAUGGACACUCUGAUCUAACGUGCAGACUUUAAGGAGUGUUUCACAGACUAACACACAGCGCACACCAAUGAACACCUCUUACUCGAUGACGUGGACGGAUUCACAGCACCGCCACUGCAUUAUUGUGAUUAGAGUCCCGUUUACUUCAGAGGUGUUUAUAACGAAGUUGCUUUUUUUUUUUAUAAUGUUCUCUGUUAACACGCUAAGCUUAGACCAUCAAAGUGUUGGUGUGACAAAAUUUGGUUUACUAGGAACAUUUUUUAUGCUUCAAAUGUUUUUUUCUGUUAUUUGUGAAAUUUGUCUCUUUUUUUGGCCACAUUGCCUUUCAUCAUUGUUUUGGGGUGGAUGGAUUUUUCAGGGGUUUGUAGCACUGACAGAGAUUUAUACACAACUGGACUAUGGACAAUUUGGCGUUGUGAUUUUUUUGCUCCACAGUAAACAAGCCCUUGUUCCAUUUCUGAUUUGAAGAAUGAGCAAUAACUUGCGAUUAGAUUUAGUUCUGACAAUGACAUAAAACAGCAAUUAAUGUAAAUGAUCCAAACGGUUGCCUCGAAUUUCUCACAGACAAAUGAACACCUUCUGCGACAGAGAGCAAGUGGAUGUUUCUAAAAUGAAAGGAUCAGAGAAGACGUAUUGCAGUUCAUUUUUUCAUAGCAGUAACCUGACAACAAUUCUAGCAAUAUUUUGAUUUUUGAGAAGCUAGCAAUGCAUUUAGUCAGAGAUAAAGCUGUAACUUUAAGUUUUCCACCAUGGGUGCAGACUUCUAGGCGCGUUCUCAUUUCUUGCUACCAUGACAAGCUUUUUUUUUUUUGUCUGAUCAACUUUAAGAGUGAGGGGGAAAAAAAAACAUAAGCUGGUGAACGUCCGUCUGUAGCUGCUAUAACAUAACUGUUUCCCAGACGUUCCACGACAAUAAACGUAACUAUAUGCUGAUAAAAAGUAUGACAUUUCCUUCAUUAAUACAUUACAAAUUGUAACCUAAGAAAAAAUUUAAGACAUCCUCUUAACUUGCUCUGUAAAAAAAAUCCAUCAUGAAAUGGUGCCAGCUUGUUUGUCAGACAUUUUAGGUCCAACUAGACUCGAAAAUAGGAGUGAUUUGUUUUCACAUGAAUUCCUGUUUUAUCUCCUUAAUGUUCCUGAAGUAAAAAAAAUCAAGUGGCCAAAAUGUCCAUGACCUACAGACAACACGUACAAUCCCAUAUGAACACGUACACCUGUAUAAACAAGAAAAGAAUUGGCAAGAUUUCAUCUUUAUUUCAAACAGAACCUGUCUAGCUUUUGUCACAUGAACUGUAGAGUUGCUUGUUAAUGAAUUUGUGACCUUGAGAAGUUCACUAGCAUCACUGCCACACACCUAGCUUAUAUCUUUACUCUGUGUUCACACCGGCAGCGAUUUUUUUUAUUUUUAUUUUUUAUUUUUUGGUUUUCUUUUUUCCUUCCACCUUGUACCUCUCAAAUCACUCUACGCUGGUCAUUAGUGGGUGGUCCUAUCUUUAGAUCAGGGCCUGUUACUGUGGUUUCACUGGUAGCCAUAUGAAUCCAUAUCCAGGUAAAUGAUGAAAUGCGUACAUUAGCUACAGAUAAUAUACGUAUAGCUACGUAUACAAAACUAGUCAUUUUAACAACAAAUAAGGUUUAAUGUAAAUGUUCAAGCAAAUAAUUUUUGUGUAUAAAAUGUCCUCUUUCUCACAAUUUCUGCUAUCUAUUUAACAGGCUUUGUGUAAAUGAAACACUUCAAGCUUGUAUCUGCAGAGUGAGUUUCAUCAACCGUUGCAGGGUCUGCAAAACCAGAAAAAAAACAGAAAUGGUUCUUAUACAAGGGAAAAAAAAUCACUGUCCAUCACUCCCAUUGAUCGCCAAAUUGCUUCGCUUGUCAUUCUCUCAACUUUAUCCUGCUGCUCAUCAGGCAUCGUUAACCGUUUCAUCGCGUACUGUCAUCAGAAAUCACUAAGUGAAAAUGAACGAUUUCCGCAUUGCUUCUGAAGUGAAUUGUACAUUCAUGCUAGCAAGCAUCAAGUCGCUCGUGUCGCUUGUAGCUGAGUUGGGGAACUGAAGAAACCUCAGAAGACAUGCGCAGUAGGUUUGGACCGAGGAAUCAUUUGACCCAGUCGUUUAGAUUUGUCACUUUGCAAAUUGUGAAAAUCUCAGUUUAGCUUCACUUAGUCACUUCUUGUGUUGUUGCUUUUUAUCGCCUGCUAGCGUGCACACAGGGCAACAGUUGCAUUGCUGGAAAUCACUGGCUCUCAUUGAAAAUGAUCAACUUCCUUUCGGGUUUAGAGCGUCGUGUCGCUGCUGGUGUGAACACAAUGUUAGACCUGAAAUGCCUUUACUUCAAUUCCCCUUUAGUAGGAUAAUAUUGGUUAAUACUGAAUAUUGAAUUGGUGAGGAAAAACUGGUCCAAGAUGUGUUAUCAUCUCUUCUGCCAAGGCUUGAUCUGUUUAUUACAUGUUUAAUAUCUGUUUAAUACUUGUUUAUUACAGUGUUAGAGUGGCAGAUUUACACAGUAUUGCACUACUGUACUGCAUGCCAAUUUGUAUGUAAAAUACUUGAAUAAUUUAAUUCUAACACUGCAUAGAUUUUAACUACAGUAUAGAUGAAAAUGUAAAACAUGUCGUUAGUAAAAAUUUUGGCAAAUUUUUAAAAAA